CUCUCCCUCCUCCCCCCCUUCCUCCGUCAUUCUGCUCAGACGGCCGAGCUGAGCGCGCUUGCCGCACAUCAUGCUUACGAGACGCAGCGUGAAGAAAAACACCGUCCCACGGGAAAGCUCGGGCACGGAAUCUCCCUGCUGGACCCGGAUCUGGAGCUGUGCAUAAAACCGCCAGGAGACGCCGACGGCAUCAGCCGCGCAUCAGCUCUGCGGUGAUUUGAGCGGAGGAUCAGCCCCUGCAGCUCCAGCCCCCCCUCUCAUCUUCCUGCAGACCCCCUGGUGUGCACAACCCUGCCAUCACACACGGAGAGAUCCGUCCUACCUUUUAAAAAAAACACAACAACAACAAAAAAGCAGGUUCUGCGGGACAGCAGCAAGCGCUCAUAGGGGAGCAGAGACGUAAAGAAGAGGAUGGAGGCCCUGACGUCUGUGCUGAAGAGCCACCCGGGCCCGUCGGUUCUGGUCUUCUCUCUGCUUUUCAGGGUGGCCCACAAGCUGCUGCAGAGGCUGCCAGUCCCCAAGGUGGUGCAGCAGGACGCCUUCCGCUCCUGGAAGUGGCAGAACCUCUCCGUGUCCAUGGUGCACUCGCUGCUGACUGGGACCUGGGCCCUGACCUGUGUGUUGAUCUGGCCCGAGACACUUAGCAACAUCCACAAGUAUCACAACCCUCUGUCCUACCUGCUCAUCUGCGUUUCCACAGGAUACUUUGUGCAGGAUGCAGGUGAUAUAAUUCUGACAGGACAUGGCAGAGGAUCAUGGGAGUUCUUGCUCCAUCACGCGAUGGUGAUUUGGUGUUUCCUGUACGCCCUCUACACUCAGCUUUACAUCGCCGGCGCUUUGAUUGCCCUCUUCGUAGAGGUCAACAGCGUCACCCUGCACUUGCGGCUGAUGCUGAAGCUGGCCGGCGCCCAGUCCUCCUCCAUGUACCACGUCAACAAGUUCGUCAACCUCUUCACCUACGUCACAUUUCGUCUUAGCACCCAGUUCUACCUCACCUGGUACAUCUUCGACAACUACUCCUGGCUGGAUCAUGGCGGAUACUUCCUCGUCACCAUGAUGGUAAUGAAUAUCAUGAUCGUGAUUUAUUUCUACCGUUUGCUCCGUGCCGACUUCUUUCCAAGAAACAAGAUCUACAUGGGACAGAACGGCACGCACAACAACAACUCCAAGAAGUUUCUCAGUGACUGAUCAGGAGAGGUUUACAGGACUGCACCAUGUCUGUAUUUAAGAUAAAAGUUCACAGUUUUUGUUAGGUUUUCAUUUACGCAAUUCACUGCCAAAGGAUAAACUCCCCAAAACACUUGGUAAGUAAAAACUGACAAACCACUGAAAUUGUACAAGUUUUAACAUUUGGGACAAUGUUUUAUCAGUUGGAAUAUCUAAAAGGAGUUAUUUUGUAAAAAUGUGAUCAGUAUCUCUCUUAAACACUUUCCUACUAAAGGUUAAAAUGUAAGAUUGGCAGGACUCAUGCUUUAGGCUCCUGCAAACCCAGUUUUCUUACAAGCCCAUAUGGAGCAUAAAAUAACCAUAUAAAAAAUAACAUCAAGCAGGUAGGAUAGCACCUACAGUAAGUGGGAUUUAACAUUAACUUUGUAUAUAAGCACUGUGUGCUGUUGGUUGGUAUGCUUACAUAAGGAGGAAGGGAAGCUGGACUUUUAGGAAGGGCGAUCUUAAAGUGACAUGCUAAAAGAUGAUAACAAACAGUAUGAUGUAAAUAUAUUUCUGUUUUCUAUGAACAGGGAUUUUUUUAAUAGUGAUCCCCCUGGUGGUAUAUAGAGGUGAUAAAAGCCUCCUUUAAAGUUAAUGGUACUGGAACGGAUAGUUUAACACUUUGCAAAAUGCAUUAAUUAACAGUGAAAAGAAUGAAGACCAUCUCAUGUCUGUAAGCUAAAUAUUAAGAAUAUGCAAGUGAAUUCCCAUCAAUACCAACAAUGAAAAUAGCCAGGUUUUCAGCCAUAGAAGGACAAAAAUACACACUGCUUUUGCCAUUUUGUUUUUUUAAUGGCAAGACACCAAUCGGAAAAAAACAAAACAAUAAAGAUAAAACAUGUCAAGCUAUGGGCUUUAGAGACUUCCAUGGAUGCUACUAGCUUGUCCUAAUGUGGGCAAGUCAUGCACGUGGUUCGCCCAAAGCUAACAAUUUGCAGCAAAUAGCUGACGGAUUUUAUAGUAAAUUUUUGACUAAUUUGAACAAAAGUGUUUAUUUCUUGAUACUGGCAACACAUGCACUCUCAGAUAGUAAGCUAAACUCUGAAGUUAUAGCUGGUUAGCUGAACGUUUCCUGAAAAAACAUAACUGGUUUUCACUUUGAUAUGAUGCUAAUCAGUGAAAUGUCGUUAACAUUUUAGGUAUUGAGUUUAAAGAAGAUGAUAGAAAACUUUUGUUGGCUUUUUAAAAAAUCUUUUUCAUUCUUAUUCAUCUCCAGGCUAAAUGCUACAAGCUAACCUUCUAUUUAGCAUACAAACAUGAGAAUGGUACUGAUAUUUUCCAUAAACUCUCUCUCAGCAUCAAAAUUUCCAUAUAACUCAACCAAGAAAUAUAGGAAAAUUGCAGAAAAGUAAUAUUAUUACAAUUUAUCUUCAAUGGUACUUGGUGGAUUUGUAUCAUUUAACGUGAUGUUGCUAAUGUUUUGAGUCAGGUUGAUUGUUGCUGGCUAUUUUAAACGGGUGCUGGAUGUAUAUACAGGAGAGGUACUGACGUUAUUUAUAAUUUUUGAAUUAUUUGUUUGCAAAAAUGCUAACAUUUUCUGGUAAUGUUAAACUUGUGCAUUGAAGUAUAUGUUAAGUAUACUUCAGUACGUGUAUUUGAAAUGAAUAAUUGCGUAUUGUCUAUUGCUUUUUGUACAACAAACUCACUAUACAGUAUGUUGCAAUAUAUUUUACAUUCGCAUGGGAAGAAGUGUGUUUUUUUUUUUUGUAGAUUUUGACUAAUAUUGAUAUUUGGAACUUUCUGGAUUUGCCAUGUAAUAUUGUGUAAUUGUGUGGACCAAUCUGUCUGUCUCUAUGAAGCCAUUUCUUUAUUUAUGGCUGAAGAGAUGCUGGACAGGACCGAUUUGUCCAGGACCAAUUGAACUGCUAACACACUAUAAUGCAAGAUUAUUUGUGGUCCUUUUAUAGCUCUUUGAUAAAGUGUGUUGGUAUCUGACUCCAGUGGAGCUGAAGCUGGAUCUUCCUGCCAUCUGACAGCUGCUCAUCAGAAACCCCGAAAAAAAGUCUUUAUAAGGAGCAGGCAGCAGCAUAAUCACGUGUGGUCACUGUGUAUCUCCUUUUGCUGGUUUGAAUAAUUAUACUUUCGAGAUGAUCAUCUUUUAAAGACUGAAUCAGACAAAAAUGUGUCUCCUCAUCCUCCUCUUUUUUUCAGAAAUGGAUGUAAAGUACUUUGUAAAUAUUGUCCUUAAUUGUAGAUUUAUUUUGAUCCUUUUUUUAAAAAAAAAGCUGUGCAUGUUUCUUGGCUUUAAAUGGACUCUAUUCCCUUAGUCAUCGCUGCUGAUGACAGUAAAAUAACUUUUGGCAAGUUUGUCAAUCAGACAUAACAUUCAGUCCCCGCCUUCUUAACAAAGGGCCUUUGUAAUGGAGCUGAAACAUGGACAAGAAACAUCUGAGGGUGUUUGCAGUGCAGCAUUCUGGGACAUUAGCAAUAGAAACUUUUGAUUUAUUCAAAAAAAGCAUAAGUACAUUACAAGUAUUAAAUCAGAAUGUAGCAGUGUAACAAAAUGAGCCUUGUAACUCACUUCACCAGUCAGUAGUCAUAAUUUUGUGGCUGAGCAAUGUAACCUUCAUUUUCUGUUUCAAUGCCAAGACAAGAAGACAUAGACGGAGCUGGGUGCAUCUGACCUGUAUUACAGUGCCUUCACACCAAAGUGCCUUUUGAAAAUAAGCAGACCACAAUAAAUCUACAUUGACUGCACAAUGAAGCGAAGCAGAGAGAUAACCCAUUUGCAACCGACAGUUAAUUUAUUUUGACCAUGAGCACAAUAAUGUAAAUGUAUCUUGUGUUAAAGUGAUCUAUAGCGGCCCUGUCUUUCAAAUCAUUGAGUGAAUAAAAAUAUGUUAAAAUUUCA